UUGGUCACUUUGUUUUGUGAUAAGCAUCGUGCAGCGGCGGCGAAUUUUGGUUGUGUUUUUAAACAAUUAUUGCGCAUAUAAAGAGACGGUUACAAAAAUUAAAUAAUACAAAAUUUAGUCAGUAUUGUUUGUUAACACCUCAGAACAGCCAAAAUGUCGUUUCUACUAAAAGCAGCCGCCACAGCCCGUCAAAUCGUUCAUAAGGUUCCCGUACGCCAGCUGAAUCUCUUGGAAUUCCAGAGCAAGGAUCUCCUGCAGAAAUAUGGAGUCGCUAUCCAGCAAUUCAAGGUUUUGGAUAACUCCAAGGCCGAUGCAGAAGUGGUAAAGACUUUUGAGUGUCCGGAAUAUGUGGUGAAGGCGCAGAUUCUUGCCGGUGGACGUGGUAAGGGAACUUUUGACAACGGAUUCAAGGGCGGUGUGCAUAUCACUUCAAACAAGAGCGAGGUGCUUACGCUUACCAAGCAGAUGAUAGGAAACCGGCUGAUAACAAAGCAAACGCCCAAAUCGGGGAUUCUGGUCAACAAAGUUAUGGUGGCACGUAGUAUCAACAUCACGCGGGAGACCUAUCUGUGCAUCUUGCUGGAUCGCGAGCACAAUGGACCUGUGUUGAUUGCCUCCCCGGCUGGAGGCAUGGAUAUCGAGGCGGUGGCCGAGGAAACCCCUGAGAAAAUUAAGACUGUUCCUCUGAACAUUGACGAGCCCAUUCCGGAGGCAACUCUCUUGAAAGUGGCCAAGUUUCUGGAGUUCAAGGGAGAUUCCGUGAAGCGUUGUGCCGAGGAAAUUCAGAAACUCUACACUCUCUUCAAGGCCGUGGAUGCCGUUCAGAUCGAGAUCAAUCCUCUGGCGGAGACUGAUAAAGGCGAAGUCAUCUCGGUUGAUGCCAAGCUCAACUUUGAUGAUAAUGCCCAGUUCCGUCAGAAAGAUAUCUUCUCCAUGGAUGUCACCGAGGAGGAAUCUGAUCCUCGUGAAGUGGAGGCCUCCAAAUAUAAUCUGAAUUACGUCGCCAUGGAUGGCAACAUCGGGUGUCUGGUUAAUGGCGCUGGUUUGGCCAUGGCCACCAUGGACAUCAUCAAGCUAAAUGGCGGUGAGCCAGCCAAUUUCCUAGAUGUCGGAGGUGGCGUAAAGGAAGAUCAGGUGGCCAAGGCCUUUGAGAUCCUCACCGCCGACCCGAAAGUCAAGGGUAUAUUGGUUAAUGUGUUUGGCGGCAUUGUGAAUUGCGCUACCAUUGCUAAUGGAAUUGUGGCUGCCUCCAAGAAAUUGCAACUGAACGUUCCGUUGGUCGUGCGAUUGGAGGGCACCAACGUAAAUCAGGCCCGCGAAAUCCUGAAGAAUUCCGGUCUACCUAUUCAAACAGCAAGCGACUUGGAUGAUGCCGCCCACAAGGCUGUAGCUGCCCUUAAUUAGAGGGAGAAAAGAGAAAAUGUCUUCCAGAUUAUCACGACGCACAUUAGCAUUUACGAUGUUUAGGCCUUUUAAAUAUAAGUUUUUAUGGACAAUAUAACUAGAACUUGUUAUAUUUUAAA